UAAAGUGUGAAACUCCACCACCCUUUUCCUCCGUUAUUUCUGGAACAGACGUCGUGUUACAUUCUGUUUGUUGCCAAAUUAGCCUUUCAACUGUUUUGGUUUAUGUUUCUAAACUCCUAAUAGUUUUAUUCACCAGUUACAAACAGCUUUACCUUGGAGACAGACUUGUUUUGUUCGUGAAAUGAAGACUUUUCCGACCUCGGCGGUCUGGUGUUUUGGGAUUCUGUUCAUCAGUGUUUCAUUGAUAACGAUAGGGUCGUCUGAGGUUCAGGUUGUUGGACCGGCUGACCGAGUUGAUGCCUUAGCUGGUGAUGACAUCAUUCUACCAUGUUCCCUGAAACCCAAUAUUAGUGCUAAGGACAUGCUAGUGCAGUGGACAGGAUUGUACCUGAAAACAAGAAACGUCCAUCUUUAUCGUCAAGGUCGAGACUCCAAUGAGGAUCAGUUUCCAUCCUACAGGGGAAGGACAUCAAUGUUUCAUGAAGAACUGAAGAACGGCAACGUCUCCUUAAAGCUGACCAGAGUUACUCUCUCUGAUACUGGAAGAUACAGGUGCCUCAUUCCAACACUGACCAGCCAGGUGAAGGAAACCACCGUUCAACUCUUUGUUGGACCUGAGCCCUAGGACCAUGCCUCAGGUCUACCUGGUCU